AUGAUGAACGCGAGGACUUUGUGGUUGGGACGCAGCACUCUUCGGAGGCUAGCUGCCACAGAAUCAAUGGAUGCAGAACGCUUGAUGCUACGUCUUCGCCUUGACAGUAGUGUUUCUCUGGGCGAAGAUGUGUCAGACGCACACUUGAGUCUUAUUUCUUCAGGACAGCUUCAGGCGAACGACGAUCAAACAUCAGCUGUCAAGGCUUUGGGCAAACUGCCGGAUGCUUUGCGUGAGGUGCGCGGUGCAAAGAACCGCUGGGAUGAAGAACAGAUACGCCUCACGGAUUCUGCCAAGCAAAAAGCACGGUUUGUCAGUCAAGAGCAGCGAGAAAAGUCAGUUGCUUGGACAUUCAGCUGGGCAAACCGCACACCAUCGACACCAUCGGCACCUAGGAUUUUGGGCCCGAUGUGCUGGCUGCGUUUAGGCCCCCCACCCGCACUGAAGCCGGCAGGCUGUUAUUUGUAUGGGACAGUGGGCACAGGGAAAAGCACAAUUAUGGACUUGUUUUGCCUCACAAGCUUGAACAGCUGGCGUGUGAAGCGCCAACAUUUUCAUGAAUUUGCGCAGUGGCUGCACCGUGAGCUCCAUUGCAUGAGGAAGACAAACCAUGUCCCACAGAGGCACAUUCUUGAACGUUUGGCGGACAAAGUCAGUGAGGAAUGUGACCUGAUUUGCUUGGACGAGUUCGCAAUUACUAAUGUGGCUGAUGCUGCCAUCUUGACGGAAGUCCUGCAACUCCUGGCCCUCAGGCACGUGGCAGUGGUUUGCACAACCAAUCGCCCACCCGAAGAUCUUUACAAAGAUGGCCUACAUCGAGAGCGAUAUGUGCCAACCCUAGUGACACACAUCCGUGAGAAUUUCCUAGUGCAAGGUGUCUUGGGAGUAGACUAUCGUGCUGCGAUGUACCAGGCGGAUUGUGCCAUGCAACAAGCCAGUACGGCCAAGCAUGAAUUCGACGGAGGAAAUGGAGUUGCUAGAUUCCAUUUUGAUGACCUUUGCCGAAAGCCUUUAGCUGCAGAAGACUUCUUGAUCGUUGCCUCAACCUUUCACACAGUUUUCUUGCAUGAUGUGCCCAAAUUAACCCUUGAAGAGCAUAAUGAGGCCCGAAGAUUUACAAAUCUUGUGGAUGCUUUGUAUGAGCACUCCGUGCGGCUUAUUUGUCAUUGUGCGGUCAGUUUGGAUGAGGUGCUUCAAAACAUUCAGGUUCUGCAGGGUGCCAACGAAGACAAUGACAGCUUUGAUGCGGAAAGCCUUGGCAUUUUUGAGACGAUGUACGACGACAGUCCAAAUUUCCAGAUUCAAAUCAAAGAGCUGGGCAGGGAGAAGUGGCAACAACUUCAGGACCGCCAGGCGAAAGAGCAACGUGCUCAAGUGAGGAGACUGCAACGUCUCAGCAACCCACAGGCAGCUGAGGGUGACACAGGUAGUGGUUGGAGCACUGCACCUGCAAGCGCGGACCUAAGCGCUCCAGACCAAGGUGUGGCUGGCGUUAUGGUUGCUGCUGUCGGGUCAUUGCAGGAGAGUGGUUUUGCGGCACGCCGUGCCAUUAGUCGACUGAAGGAGAUGCAGACAGGCGCCUAUUUAGAAGCUGCGCGAUGCAGGAGGGAAUCCACGAAGUGGACCUGA